AUGCCACUUAAGUCACUACUAGCUAAUCAUCUACCAGCAAAUGAACUAUUCAAAUACAUAUAUAUCCAAUCCAAACCAACCUACAUCAAAUCCCCAAUAAAUUUUCCCAAACAUGCACACCACAAGAAUCAACAUCCAGAUACUAUCAAAAUACGACAUUUCUUUACAUUGAUUGAUGGAGAUGUCAUUGUUUUGGGAAUUGAGGUGUUUGUGUACUUAUUAGUAUAUGAGGAGAAAGAUACUGUUGAUCAAUAUGUAUUUGUUUCCAAGUGUGAUACCACGGGGUUAAAGAAAUUGGAGGGGUAUCGUGUAGGUGAUGUUGUGGAGCUGGUGUUGCUGUAUAUUGUGAAUUAUGAUGUUGGGCGAUACAAAGUGAAGUUGAGACGGCGGAAACAAGAGCAGGAGCAGCAGCAAGAAGAGGGCUCGUCAAUGGGUGAACAUGGAGGACUAAAUGGCAGGCAACAAGAAAACGGAAGUGCUUCAUUCAUCAAUGAAACUACUGCAAGGAUUCAUAAAUUACAAACCAAACUAUUAGCAGAUCCCACCUACCUCAAUACCCUUCCAUACUAUGGCAUCCACAACCACAAGAAUACUCACCAUUUCAUCAAGCCUACUAAAUCCGAACAAUUACGUACCCUCCCACGCAGAAUCAACACACAUAUCUGUCUAUUCACCAAAACGGCACCACAGUACAUGUUUCCCAACUCUUCAGGCAACAAAUACAAGCAUUUGGGUAAUGGACAAGUAUUGCUCAGUUGGUGGUUAAAGAUUAUAGAAUCGGUGUGCGUGGGAAACGAUAGUGGGACUUGGCAAAUCAAGAGAUUACUCAUUCCCGGGUCGGAUGAAUUUGCCAUGCGCAAGUUUAUUGCAACAUUGCCAAAUUGGUCAAUUGGGCAUAUUUUCAGCGGUGAUCACAGCGACAACCAAACUAAAUACAUAAGCAAAAGUAUCACUCACAAUAGCGAAGCUGAUGGAACUGUAGCCAAUGAAGAAAAGAGUGAAAGAGAUGCUGAUGCUAGCAAAGUGCUGAAGUUGGCGGUAUACAAUAUUCCUCUAUUCCCUGACGACCCCAAGGGUCGAUUUUUGGAGCAUUUGAUUGUGGAGAAUCGAUACUCCAAUGUGUCCGUUGAUCGAUUCUAUCAAGAGUUGGGGUUCAGACAAGAGUUUAGAUUGGGUGAUUGUGUGGGGUUGAUUGGAUGUACCCGAUUUGCAAGUGAUGAUAUACUUGAGGAUGGGGAAAGAUCCGUAGACAAAGAUGAUGACGUGGUUGUCGUUUCGAUUCAUGAGUAUAAACUGUUUAUCAAUAAUAUCAUCAAACUGAUCAAUUUUGAUAAAUUGGUUGACGUUGAGUACUUGACCCAAGUCCAAAUCCCCACUUUUUUUAAAGAGAGGUUGGGUAUGGAUGAGUUUCAAUAUGGGGAAGUUGUUGGUGUGAUGGAGAAGAAGACAAAGAAGGAGUUGGUGAAGGGAGGUGCCAAAGAAGGAAUUGAGAAGGAAAAGAGCGGGCAAGGUUCUGCGCGCUCUGAACUAAGGGUGUCUGAUGGGAGUGGAGUCAAGAGAGUGGCUAAUGAUCUCACUGGGUUGAUCAAGAGAAAGAAGCGAUAG